AUGUCUUCGCACCUGCGACAGAGGUUUCAGCAGCGAAAGCUGGGACUGGCCGGCACGGGUCUCGCCCCGUCCCUCGCAGGCACUGCGCCUCCUUCGGGCCCCAGCACGAACGUGGUGGCGCCGCCUCUCGCCUCGCUGAGUCGCUCGACCAGCGGACCGACCGUCCCUGGAGUCUCCGGCCAGCCCGGGCCCCCUGAAGCCCAACCCUCUGCGCCGGGUCUCGCGGCUGCAGCCGCGAGACCCGGUGCGGAGAGCGACCGCGGCGCGUGGGGCGAGCGCGGGGCCUCGCGCCGAGACGAACAGCGCGACGACCGCCACGGCGCCGACCGGUGGCCAUCCGAGAAGAGGCCCGGCGCCGCGGGCCCCGCGGGCGCUGUCUCCUACGGGAACACCCCGGACGGUCGCGGGCCCCUGGGUCCGUCGCGCGACGUGCGAGGAAGAGACACCGAGGGAGACCGCGAGGGCUUCUACUCUCACGCAGCUCGCCCCGCGUCGUUCCCUCGCAGACCCUUCGAGGAGAGCAGCCGGGGCCCGCCCAGAGGAGCGGAGUUUCGCCAGCCUCUCGCAGGCCUGCACGACCCUCGAAGACAGGAGGAAGGCCUCGCGUUACACGCUCCCGCGGAGAGCGCGCAGCUCGUUAAAAACGCCAGCGAUCCGCCGUUUUCGGGCCCAGGCGCCCUUGCAACCGCGCGCGCACCCCACGGUGGCGCGGGCCCCGCGCAUCAGCCUCAGGGCGGCGACGUCCGAGGGGCCGUGGAGACAGGUGUCUCGCCUCGGGCCCCAGGGCGCCCCAUGGCUGCGCUCCCGCCGCUCCCGCAGGAUUUGCCUCUGGACCACCCGAGUUUGGCCUUCUCGCAGGGCGCGAAAGUGCCGUCGAGCAUGGAGGAGUUAUUGCCCUUCAUUUUGCGGGCCUUGCUGCACCAUCCCUCGGUGUCGCCUGCGAUUCGACGACCGGAGACAGCUCCGGGGCCGGAGACCGUCACGUGUCUCGCCCGGUCGGCCGAAUGCCACAUCGAGCUCAACGCGUUCGCGGCGCACCUGAAGCAGGCGUCGAGGGCGACGGGGUUCGCGGCGGGGCGCGUCUCCUCACUGGCUAGCCAGCGGCUCUUUCGCCCCGAGGCGGUCCUGCGCGUCCUCCAGUUUGCCGCCUUCCGCGCCGAGGCCGCUGAUGGCGAAAGCGGCGACGCCUCGGCUGCACCAGUCCUUGGCGCUCUCCACCCUUUUCCGUAUCCGCUGCUGGCGCUUGCAUCCAUCAACUCGCUGACGGUGAUCAAGACAGUGUUUCCCCUCCGCAUCUGCGCCGUCCUCUUCAUGCUCUUUCAGCAGUCCCAGCAGCAGGCUGUUGCCUCUGCGUCCCCGCCGACCGCCGGCGCGGCGCCGCAGCACUCCGUGGAGACGGGGCCUCGCCCUGGCGCAGCCGUGGAAGGCCCGCCCCCCCGGGCUGUCCCCGCUGCGGGGCCGCCCUUCUCCGGGCCGCAAACCCUCCCGUCUGUCUCGCUGCCUCCCCAGGGACCGCCCCACGCCCCGCCGCCUCCGCCGCCACCGCCCCCGGGCUUUGCCCGGCCGCCCUUCUUCUCCGGGGGCCCUCCGACCGCGCUGGGCGCCAACGUCGGCGGGGCGCCUCUGGGGACGCCAGGCGGGCCCCCGCCGCCGCCUCCCGCGUGCGAAGGCGACAAGAAGACAGGGCCUGGUGGAGACAAGGGCGCGGACGCCGAGCUGCAGGAUCUCGAAAAGCUCCUCAGCGUUCCGACGGCUUUGAAACAACGCGACCUCGACUCAGGCAGCGAGUUAACCUCCCUCCUCAGCGCGCCCACUGCGCGCCAGCAGAUGAUCAUUCACUCCUUCAAGAACAAGGGCGGCAGCGCGCUGAGGGAAAUCUGCACUUACGGAUCGCGCGUCGAAUGCUGCCGAGCGAGAAACUCCUUCAAGCCUUGCAGCAAAGUGCACUUUCGACGCAUUAUUCUCCCGCAUACAGAUGUGAGCUUGGGAGAUUGCAGCUAUUUGGACACGUGCCGCCACAUCGAGACGUGCCGCUACGUGCACUACGAGGUCGACGACGCAUCCAAAAAUGACGCCUUGAAAAAGAUGAGAGGCGAGAUGGCGGCGGAUCCGUACGCGAUCGGAACGAUCUCCGCGGGGGCCUACACAGAGUACCCUGCGCAGUGGAUUCGCUGCGAUAUCAGGACCUUCGAUUUCAGCAUCUUCCGCAAGCUCAUUCGCGUCGUCAUGGCCGAUCCGCCGUGGGAUAUCCACAUGGACUUGCCUUACGGAACGAUGACCGAUCAAGAAAUGCGAAGUUUGCGGGUCGACUUAAUUCAAGAAGAAGGCCUUCUUUUCUUGUGGGUCACAGGGCGAGCUAUGGAGCUGGCGCGAGAGUGUUUGCAGCUGUGGGGUUACAGACGCGUGGAGGAGAUUCUUUGGGUGAAGACGAAUCAGCUGCAGCGCAUCAUCCGCACCGGCCGAACGGGGCACUGGCUGAACCACUCCAAGGAGCACUGUCUGGUGGCGGUAAAGGGCAACGUCCCUUUCAAUCGAAACAUCGACUGCGAUGUCAUUGUCAGCGAAAGAAUGGCACCAGAUUCCCUGAAAGUGGAGCUCUUUGGGCGCAUGCACAACGUCCGCAACAACUGGAUCACUCUAGGAAAUCAACUGAAGGGGGUCAAGAUCGAGCAUCCGCUCCUCCGAGACCGGUACAAUGCCUUUGCGGAGAGAGAAGGACUUCCGCUGGCAGAUAUUCCGUCAGCUUCCGGUGUAGAGAGUGAAAAUCGAGACGCCAGUGCCGAAGAGAAGAAUGAAGAAACGUCUGCAGUGGAUGGGGAAGCGUAA